UUUCAGCGACAUGACUUCUCCGAUGCUCGCUGUGUGUGUGACAUGGCUGCUCUUGGUGAUGAUGGCCGAUACGACGGCAUUUAAUCUAUCAUCAUCUUUACAUGUCGUGUUUGGAAGCAUUGGUGAAGACGUGACUCUGCAAUGUUUCUACGAAGACAGUAAAACAGUAAUGUUAUACUGGUACAAACAAACUUUGGGACAGAAACCACAGCUGCUGUCCAAAUUCUAUAAGCAUGCCGACAACAAUGCUUUGAAUGGUGAAUUUAAGAACGAUCCACGCUUUGAACUGGUAACUACCACUGGGCAAUAUCACUUGAAGAUCUCAGAUGUGCAAUAUUCAGACUCAGCAACUUACUACUGCAUCAGUGGCUUUUCAUACGUGUAUGAAUUCUUGGAUGGCACUAUUAUCCACAUAAAGAGUUCAGGUGUGAACAUCCCAGCUUUGGUCCAUCAGUCAGCAUCUGACACCAUCCAGCCAGGAGGCUCUGUGACUCUGAACUGUACAGUACACACUGGGACCUGUGAUGGAGAACACAGUGUUUACUGGUUCAAAAACUCUGAAGAACCUCAUCCAGGACUCAUUUACACCCAUGGAGGCAGGAAUGAUCAGUGUGAGAGGAAACCCAACACACAAACACACACCUGUGUCUACAACUUGCCAAUGAAGAGCCUGAAUCUGUCUCAUGCUGGGAUCUACUACUGUGCUGUUGUCUCAUGUGGACACAUCGUGUUUGGAAACGGGACCAAGCUGGACUUUGAAGAUGAGGCAGACUCUCUCAUCUUGGUGUAUUUCUUGAGCGGAGCUUUGGCAUUCGCCACCAUCCUGGUUGUUUUCCUGGCUUACACAGCUUAUACAACGUACAAGACAAAUGGCUGCCAAUGCACAGACUCUCAAACAAGAUCCUCAGCUGCCGCGGCGUCCAAUGCUGAGGGUGACGAAGAUACAGACAACCUCCAUUAUGCUGCUUUAAGGACCAACACAGCCAACAGAUCAACAAGACAGAGAGACGACACCUGGACUGAAUGUGUGUACUCCAGUGUUCGGCAGUAGAACUGCAGCAUGUUUCAUGUUGGGUCUGUGUUACUAGAAGUGGGCAUUUUGUCAGAUUUCAACUCCACGUACUGAAUGUAAAGAUUCAUCUUGCAAAGCACCAAUUAAACACAUUCCUUCAGCUACAGUUAAGCCAGGUUUCUUUGAUGUGAUGGAGGUGCCAUAUUUCCACUCUCACUGCACUGACAGUAGCUGACAAUGCUCCAACACACAGCCACACAUAACUGAUGCCUGUGGUGAUUGUGGCCUCAGGUCCUCUAUAGAGGAAAAUGAACAGAAAAACAAAGCCAGCACCCGCGACUAAAGUCAUGAGGGCCUUUAUUCUUUUACAAAGCAAACCGUCAUCAUUGACAGUCUGUACAUGUGUAGCGUUUGCCCCUCCACACAACCCACGCCAUUUGGUUGUUGUUUGUGGCUACUUAGUAAAUCGAAAGCAGAUCAAACCCUCAGCAGCACUCUCUCAGAGUCAGUGGGACACAAUCGGUGUGGCUUU